AAAUAGUCCUCUGUAUCAGGUGGUGAGGUGGUCAAGAUGGCGGCCUCCAUGUGCUGCCGUAGACUGGAAGGUCUAUGGAAGAUAAACACUAAUAUGCGCCUGCAGUAUAUCGGAAAGAGGACCAUUCUCUCUGAUGCAUACCGAUGUGAUAAGGCUUGGAAGGUAUAUCUACAGGCCCCAACACUGAGAGAGGUUGAUGCAGUUUCUUUCCAGAAUGAAAUUUACAAUAAAUACCAAAAACUAAAGAAUGUCAGUGCAGUAGACAUUGAUAUUCUGGCCCACGUUCUGCCUUCAGUACCACCAGUUCAGUUGCCAUUUACAGUGGAGCUUUUUGAAAUGUUCAGACACUGUAGGGAAGCUGUGGAAGCGAAAGAAUCAUAUCACUAUGCACUCAUUCGCAGUUGUAUAGAAAUGAAGAAUGAAGAAAUGCUCAUGAGCAUGCUAAGUAAAAAGGUAUGUAUCACUACAGGCUCUUAA